AUGCCUCUUCCGCCCCUUUUGUUAGCUCGAUUGAAGCGCAGAGGAAUCAUAAAAGAAGGUGACGCCGAGGAGGUGAUCGCCGAAAACUACGAUGACGAGAAUCCGGAAGGAGCGAAGAGAAAAUCUGGUUCCAGUGCUUCCGGAUGUCCAAACAAGUGGUGCCCUUUUCAUCUCUGUACCGACUAUUGUUUCGAUCACUGGGGAGACGGUGUAGAGGAACACCGUGUCGAUCCGGUGUAUAAUCGUAAGCGUCUUCGCAUGCUCCGCAAGUACCCACUGCCUGAAUCAUGGACGGAGGUCUAUGAUCCUGGUACGGGCAGGUAUUAUUACUGGAAUACCGAUUCCAGCGAAGUUUCUUGGCUUUCCCCCACCCACCCGAAGGCGAUCAUCACGACUGCAGCAGUCGUUCUUGCCAAAAGUAAGCGCUGA